AUGUCAUUUUCGAGACUUUCUUCUUUUUAUACUCAUUUUCGUUAUAACCCAUCAAUACCGGCACGAUUUAUUCGCCCAACUCUUGCUCCAAUUUCAAGCCAAUUUAGUCAUAACAUUACGAGCUCAACUCGAAAACAUGCCGCACCUACAGCCUACGAGGCCGAUAAAGAUUAUUGGUCUUUGAAAACCACAAUUGAUGAUAUUAAGGCAAAGUAUGGAUUGGGUGGUAAUAGGAUUAAAGAUCCGAAUCUAGAAUCAAACUCUGAUUUGGAUUUAGAAAUUGACUUAACAGUUGCUGAUAUAAAAAAGCUUGUUAAAAUCCAACAAUUGUUGGAAAAAGCUGCUCAUGAUUUGUCUUUGUUCGUUUCCGCUUCACCGCCAGAGAUUUUUAAUCUCGAUAAUCAUGCAGAUGAUGAGCAAGUUACCAUCAAGGCAAAUGUUAAAAAAGCAUUGUGGCUUGUUGAAGAUGAUGAUGUUUCGGGAUAUGCUAAGAAAGCAAUUAAAAAUUUUAGGGAGAAUAGAGUUGCGGGGGAUGUUGAUUUGAAUGCUUAUACACUGGAAGAUGGCAAGGAAGAGAAAACACCUGCUGGCUUUCAAAAAGAUUUAUACGCUCAAAAGUUGUAA